AUUGCGAACGUACGGACAGGAUUUGAGCCUGAUGAGGCCACGUGCCCGCGGUGCGGGUACCGCGGAAGACCCGCCGCCGCAUACAACGGCCAUAGCCGAUGAAUUGAGAUCCGAUUCAUCCGGCAAUACUACCAGACGAUGUAUGAAUCAUCUUGCAUCGCAUUUCAGACAUGGUCCCAGCUAUAGAUAGGACAGAGCAGGGUGCAGAGACUGUGACGGAGGUUGUGAGAAAUGAACAGAGACCUAUACGUGUCCUGGUCACUGGAUUCGGACCAUGGGCUUCCAAUACUGUCAAUCCCUCCAACAGCGUUGCGUCAAAGCUGCCUUCGCAUCUACCCGGGACGUCAGGUCGUCCACCCAUCGAAGUGAUCGUCAAGUCUCCCAUCCCGGUCUCGUAUCACAAGAUCCACGAGUCGAUCCCCAAGUUGUUGGAAGAUGUUCAAGCAGACUAUGUCCUGCAUAUGGGAUUACAUGGUGGUCGACCGACAUUUGAUCUAGAGCUUAGCGCUCCACGGACAGGCUUCGUUCAUCCUGAUGUCGACACGAAAUGCUGGACCCUAGAAGAAGGUGAUAAAGUCGUCCCCGGUCAAUCAGUCUUGCCUUAUCAGCUGGACAAGAACGCCAAAGAUGAUGACGGUUCCAACGUUGGAGCAGAGCCCAGUGAAGAUGGAGAACAAAGCUGGCCUGAUCGACUGGAGACACAAUUGAAGCGCGAUAAGGUUGUGGAAAUCUGGCAGGAGCGAUGCAAAGAGGUGCCGAAUUCCCAAGUGACGGGUAACGAUGGGGUCGGUACUUUCUGCUGUGGAUUCAUAUACUACACCUCCCUCGCAUGGUACAAAAAGCAAAACGUCAAGGGGGAGGGUCAAAAAACAGGACCAGUUCUGUUCUUACAUAUGCCAAAUCUACAAGAGGAACACGAAGUGGAGAUGGGCAAACAAGUCGUGAUCCGACUGAUAGAGGCCAUCGUCGAGGCGUCAACCUGAGUACCACCAUUCAAGCCGAUCGACCCUCGUCCAUCUUUAC